UAUAAUAAAAUUAUGAAAAAUUAACGUAACUCUAAAACCCUAAUCGACAAUAACAAGAGUUAUUAAUCAUCCAUAAGCUUAAUAAAAACCCUCCACUCUCCUCUUCCUCCACAAGCCCCUUGUUACUCUCUCUCUCUCUCUCUCUCUCUCUCUCUCUCUCUCUCUCUCUCUCUCUCUCUCUGGACAUAAGAAAUGAGCACUGCGAGAUUCAUAAAGUGUGUCACCGUUGGAGAUGGAGCUGUCGGAAAAACUUGCAUGCUCAUUUCCUACACCAGCAACACUUUUCCGACCGAUUACGUUCCGACCGUUUUCGACAACUUCAGCGCCAACGUGGUUGUCGACGGCAGCACCGUGAAUCUCGGCCUCUGGGAUACCGCCGGGCAGGAAGAUUACAACAGGCUAAGGCCUCUGAGUUACAGAGGAGCUGAUGUCUUCUUGUUGGCUUUUUCCUUAAUCAGUAAGGCCAGUUACGAGAAUAUUUACAAGAAGUGGAUCCCGGAGCUUAAACAUUACGCGCCUAACGUCCCAGUUGUCCUCGUUGGAACCAAAUUAGAUUUGCGGGAAGACAAACAAUUCUUGAAGGAUCAUCCGGGAUCAACAUUUAUAACGACCACCCAGGGAGAGGAACUAAGGAAGCUGAUUGGAGCUGUUAGAUACAUAGAGUGCAGCUCCAAGACCCAACAGAAUGUGAAGGCAGUGUUUGAUACAGCAAUAAGAGUCGCUUUGAGGCCACCAAAUGCAAAGAAGAAGAAGAAGCCAUUGGCCAAAACCAAGAGAUCAAAAUCAUGCUUUUUCCUCUGAAAUAUUAUACACAAUGUCAAUUUUUUUUUAAUAACGGUCCAACAUAAUGAAUUUCGAUUUCCCCAUGAAAUACCAACAGAUAUUCGAUUAAGUUUAUUUUAUUUUUUCGGAUUUAUCUUUGUCAUUAUUAUUUACUUCAUGAAGUUUGAUACAUAUCCACGAUCCACCUUUAUUGGCA